UUUGUCUCGGUUGUUUGCUGCUAAGAUGCUCAAGUUCCCGACUUACUUUUCGCUGGCAAUCCCCAUAUUGGGUCUGUGUGGAACCGUGACAAGAGGUCAGGGAGCAGGACGGUCUGUAUGCCUACUUCACGAUCCGCCAAAUCAGUGUGGAAAGUUCUGCCUGGAGGCACUGAAACCGAUGCUCGAUCACAUAGCUAUCCAUCAGAACGAGUGGAGCAGCUGCGGUGCUCCGAACGAGACCCAGGCCAAGUUGGUUAGGAUCGAGGAUCAGCAGAAAGCUCUGAAGGAUUACCUACUCAAGCUGAAGGAGUCGCUGGAGAAAAGGGAAGCCUCCUGGAAAAAUGUUGUGCCCCUUGACUUAAAGACAAAACUCGAUCGGAUAGAGAAGCAACUGACGGACCUGCUGGAAGCUAAGUCAAAGGCCAAGGUUCCUGGUGUUUCUCCCCUGUUCCAACGGAUCGGCGAAAGAUUAAUUUACGUGGAAAAAGCCAAUCGUCGGAACUGGAAUGCUGCUGAAGAAUCCUGCCGGCUGAUGGGCGGUCACCUGGCGACCAUUCAGAAUGAUUCGGAGUUUAAUGCUAUUGUCAAAAAGCUGGAGGGGAGUACUAGCUACUGGCUGGGCCUCACAGACGUCAAUACGGAGGGACAGUUUGUGUCCGUGGCCUCUGGCAAAACCGCAGCCUUCCUCAAGUGGAAGAGCGGCCAACCCAACAACCUACAUGGCCGCGAUCACUGUGUGGAUAUCUAUAAUGGCAAUAUGUAUGACAGCGAAUGUGGCGAAGAAGAAAAUUAUAUUUGCGAGGCGGUGGAAUAAGUAAAGUAAUUAAAAAAAAACUAGUUAAAAUGAUUAUCUAUCUGUAAAUGAAGGGCAGUAUCCUAUGAUUAGAUAGAGUCCCUGAAAAUAGAUUUAUUGCGGAUUAAUAAAAUAAAAUAACAAAUACUCUUUAAGCAGAAUUAUUGCUUAACCUGUU